AUGAAGCAUUCUCAUAUUCCAUACUUUAUACAACUAGGCCAACAUAUUGUUACUCGAAUAAAAAGCCUAGCCCAUACAAUUGCAACGUUUAAACCAGAAAAACAUGAUAUUCUAUUACUUUCGGGAGUUAUUUAUAGAAUAUCUAAGAUAAAAAGAGUUUUCAUUGAUGAUUACAUAACAAAUGCAACUUCAAUUUAUGAAGAUUUCAAAUUUAAUAUUGGAGGAUUUAUUGAACAUGAUAUGAGGGCAUACAAAGCUGCAUUAUAUCUUCUGAGAUUUGAUAAACCAGAAGAAGAAAUGGAAGAUGGCUUAAAUUCAACAGUUUUAUUAGACGGUUUAAAUAAUACAAAACUCGCUCAAAAUAACACAUUUGUUAACGAAACCAAAGAAGAAUCUGGAUCGAAACAAACAUCACAGAAGAAGAAAUCCAAAAAAUCCAAUUAA